GCACGCGUUGCCAUGGACGCCCCGGCGGCGGCGCGUUACGCGGCGGCGCGCGGUGACGACGCCAAAGUGGCCUCCACGUCGCCGGGACGGCCAAGAUGGCGGCGGCGGAGGGGAGCGGGGCCGGGGGGAGCCUGUUCCCAGGUCUGGCAGAUGUGUCCAUAUCCCAGGAUAUUCCAGUGGAAGGGGAGAUCACUGUCCCUGUGGGAUCUCACUCUCCUGAUGAGGAUUACUCCACGCUGGAUGAGCCAGUCAAGGACACAAUUAUGAGGGACCUGAAGGCCGUUGGGAAGAAGUUUGUCCAUGUCAUGUAUCCCAGGAAGAGCAGUGCCCUCCUCAGGGACUGGGAUCUGUGGGGCCCAUUGGUGCUGUGUGUCUCCCUGGCUCUGAUGCUUCAGGGUGGCUCUGCAGACAGCAAGGAUGACGGAGGGCCCCAGUUUGCCGAGGUCUUUGUCAUCAUCUGGUUUGGGGCCGUUGUCAUCACGCUCAACUCGAAGCUUCUGGGAGGCACCAUCUCCUUCUUCCAGAGCCUGUGUGUGCUGGGGUACUGCGUGAUGCCGCUGACCGUGGCCAUGCUGGUGUGCAGGCUGGUGCUGCUGGCGGGCGCGGGCACCGUCAGCUUCAUCAUCCGCCUCAUCGUGGUGGGGGCCAUGUUCGCCUGGUCCACCUUGGCAUCCACGGCGUUCCUGGCAGACAGCCAGCCCCCCAACCGCAAGGCCCUCGUCGUGUACCCCAUCUUCCUCUUCUACUUCGUCAUCAGCUGGAUGAUCCUGACCUUCACCCCCCAGUGAGCACCAUCCUGAGGGACUGCUACACUGACUGGACUUUCUCAUGGACGCUGCAGUGAAUCCUUGGCUUUAUCUCUUUCUAAUUUAUAUAUAGGGAUACUGUAAAAAGGCAGGUUGUGGGAUAAAGCCAGAGAGCUGCAAAAAGUGCUCAUUUGUGUGUCCCUCUUUGUGAAAGAUACUGAAGUCCAGCUGCUGAGGGGUUUAUUUAGCCCUGUUCUGUACUGGUGUUAAAUAAACAAUGCCCACUGGGACAGGGAUUGUUCCAUCUGAGGAGAGAGUGGGAAAUCCUGGAGUUUCAAGCUGCUGGGAGAUGAAGUUUUUGCACGACUUGGCAGAUUUCCUGCCCGUGCUUGGAUUCUCACUGAAGAUAAAAAUGCCUUAUCAAACCAUAGAACUUCACUGCAAUGAUGUGUGGAGAGGAAAGAGACGUGUCUGACUCCUUUUCAUUCCCUUGUAGAGUGGUGGGAUGUGCACCCAGGGCUUUGUGGGACUGGGGUUUUCCCAGGAAAAGAGAGUUCACUCAAAACUCAGUUGGGUUCCCUUUGCAGGGAAUUGGAGCUGGUGACAGGGAGUGGCUUUUGCCCUUAUCCAUGUGUUGUGUGUGUCCAUCCCUUCAUGUGGCAGGCAAGAGGGUUCCAGCUUGGUGCUUUCAGUACUGCCUCUGAGGGGACUGUGGGCUCUCUGCAAGUUGCAGACCUGUGACCAGAGGGAACAAAGCUCAGAGUCCUGCAGAAAUGCUGAGACUGCUUUGUAGCAAAGACUGGGCUCUCACCCUGCAUUUGGAAGUGAAAAUUCCUUGGAAAGUACCAAGAAUGUGUAUGUAUGAUAAAAACAGGGGGUUCUGUGCAGAAAGUUGAAGAUUUGCUGCACAGGCUGUUUGGGUCUGAAAAACCAUACCAGGGCUUGGGCCCCAAAGUGUUAAAAUAGCUUGAAAGAAGGGAAGUAAAUGGUACUAGAGGUGUUGGUGCUCUGAAGCAGGAUGUGAAUUCUGCUCUCACCUGCCUCUGUGUGACUGUUCCUGUGGUUGUUCAUGGGGACAGCAAAGAAAUGUGUGCAAAUGUGUUCCCUUGUACUUCCCAUGAGAUGUCAGACACUGUUCUGUGGGGUUUUAAUUUUGCUUAAUACUUUAAUAAAAGGGAGGGGGCUCUACCAGUCACUGCAGAUUCAUUGUGCCCCUCUCUUGGGUACAGGCGUGCAAGAGUCAGGUGUAUUUUGGCACAGACAUUGGGAACUGGGACCUGCUUUUGGCAACUACAGAAAUGAUUCCUGUUGUCUGUUGUUCUCAUUCAGCAAUCCAUGAAAUAUCUGGGGUGAAAAAGCUGCUGUAAAAUGACAUUUGUGCAGACAGACUGAAACUGAGGUCUGUGGGAUCUGCUGAGGUGUGAAUGUACCUAAUUUCUAGUUACAUGUGCAGGAGCAGUCUAUGCUGUAAACACUGGCAGUGGGUGGAAGUUGGGAUGGAAAUUGCUGAAUUUCAGAAUAAAAGUGCAUUUUUGCAUUUUUGGAUAACAAGCUGCUGUGUGUGGCAGGGCCUGGCUGUGGCACCAAAGGGCUGGAGGGGAGCUGUGGUGGUUCACAGACAUGGGAACCAUGGAAAGGGGAAUUUUUAAGCUUCCAUUAAAUUAUUGCUGGUAUGGA